AUGACAAGUUCCAGCGAAAAGUCACUAGUCCGACCAGAAUUUGCAAUUAUCGAUGAGCUGAUCCAAAUUCCGGAUGUCUCUCCCGCUGAGGCAGUCCAACGUCUUCUUCGGGUGCGCGAGGUAUUACAUGAAGAGAGACAGGAAUCCGAAUCCCCGUCUAGCAUCGAUGGUAAUCAUGCAUGGUAUACCAUAAGCAAACUUGUGGAAAAGGCAGAAACUACUCCAGCAGCACAGCAGUACAAACUCCUCGAUUUCGUUGCUCUGCUACAACGCACCAAGGUUAUCGAUCCUGCCACGGGCGAGCAGCCAACGGCGGUUGAUCUCAAACUAUGGAAUGAGCUUCCAUAUCUCAGUAUAUACUUAGCCGACUUUUAUUAUUUUGAUUUUAAAUCUAAAUAUGCCCGGCAGAUAGAUGAGGAUCCCCAAAGGGAGUAUCCUCCAAGAGACCUCCAGAAGUGGGAGAACCGAAAUGCCUUUAUGGCGCAGCUUACCGCGAGGGCAAAUUACUUCUGCGAGUAUAUGGACGCAUCUUUAUAUGCUUUCUACUCAUGCCGAUCAGCAUUUGAGCAAGGGCCGCUGAUAGAGGAGGCCGUACGCACUGCAUGUAUUUGGUAUAUUUAUGCCGGUCAGCGCGUAUGGGAGAACUGUCAGGCUCAGCGUCAUUUUGGGGAUGAUGAUGAUCCACCUCCGCGUCGAUGCAUGACCAUGGAGAAAUGGAGCCUCUGGAAAGACAGACUGAAGACAGCACAGCUGGAGUUCCCUAGAGAAAGUACGCAGGAGAUGAUACGGAAGGCGUUGGAAGAGAUUAAAAAAGCAGAACACGGGGAGUGA